AUGUCGGCUCCUGAUCAACAAGGGCAAACGGAGGAGUAUGCAGGCAAUCCCAUCCCGAUGACGCCGCAUCAGAUGGCGUUGCUUCUUGAAGAAAUCGCUAAGCUCGACACGGAGAGAUUGAUUCUUGAACCGGGCGUCAUGCUAGCCGAUACGGGCACUGUUCUUAAUCUUAAUCUGAUCCGACAAAAGGCCCUCACUGUCGGCGACUCGUCGUUCGUCGGUAAGAAACGGCAGCGGAUGGAUAAACCCGGCGGACCUGGCGCCCCGGGCGCGCCGCCGAUGAAGGCCGCGUCGGGCGCGCCUCGGUCGCGCGUGGAGGGGCGGCGGUGCGAGGUGUGCGCGGUGAUUAAAAAGGCCGGGUGCGGCACGGAAAACGCGCACUUUAGGUGUCUGAAGCGGAAGCUUCCGGAAGGCGCGCAGGAGCUAGAGCGGAGAGUGGGAGAGCUGGUAGAUGUGGGGAAAGAGGAGCGGGUGACGGUGUGGAAUCCCAAGGAGGGGAGGAAGCUGAGCGGGCAGGCUGCUCCUAUGCUGAAGAACCUGGUCGGGUGGCUGGCGAGUCAUCCUGGUGCUCUGUUUCCUGUGUUACCCCCUCCCUCUCCCUCCACAUUCCAUCAUCACAGAAAGGUUACAAACAACGGAUCAUCAGCCCCUCCCGCGCAAGCCCCAGCAGGUCAUCACCUUGCUCCUGCCCCCGCUCCUCCUGCUUCGGUGCCCGUGCACGUGCCCAUGCCUGUGCCUCUUUCCCAACAAGACCCCAUCCCCUCGCGAACAUGA